UGUUGUUGUUUUAUUGUCAAAGUUGUGGCAUGUGUUACUGACAUCUGCGUUUAUUGGUGCAAGUCGAAUUUCUGUUUUUGCAUUUUUUUUAUCUGAUUUUCAAACAAAACUAUUAUUAUUAGCGUCAUCAUCAUUGCCAAACGUAUUUAAAUACAAAAAAAAAAUUAUCAAAUUUAUUGCCUAAAGCUACAAAUUUUGCAAGAAAAUUUUGAAAAAUUCUUAUUUUAUAAAUUAAAAAUAUAGAAACUGCAAUUCUAAAUUCAAUUUUAUUUUAAUUUUCGUAGCAAAUUAUUACUAUGUCUUUGGAGUGCUCCCCUGCUGUUGGAGAUGACCAAAUUGUAAAAGAAAACUGUAAAGCUUUGGAUUUAGAUGAAUUCGAUAUUAAAAAUGGCAUUAUUAAUAAGCCUACACCCAAAAAUGUUCCCUUGAGUGGCCAGUAUAAAAAAAGUUUUGCUUAUUAUACGUUUCGUGAACGUUUGCCCAAUACUUUGAAUACUAUAUGGCAAACAUUGUUAAAAACCAAACAACAAAAUGAAUUGCCCAAUUCUCAAGAGGAAUUGGAUGGGGUUAUGGAAAAAAUAAAGCUGUUAAAACAACAAAUGGAGAACAAUCAACAAUUGGAAUUGUUUAAAGGCAAAGAAACUGAUCAAAAAGUGUGGAAUUCCUUUAUUGAAAAUUUACCCCAAGACCAGUGCACAUUUUAUCAGGCCUGUUGGUUGUAUGCCGAAUGUUAUAUGUAUCGCAAAUUGGCCUCCUAUUUUGAGGCCUCGCAGUCUUUAAAAAAUUAUGACUUUUUUGCCCAACAGAAAUUCCAUGCUCUCAAACUGGCCUCGGAGGUUAUGGAGCAGGUGGCUGAAAAUACCAAAAACUCGGAAAAUAAUGUAAAAACUUUUAGCCGACUUCUAAAGCUUAAUCUCUGGGGCAAUCGUUGUGAUUUAUCCAUCACCUCUGGUCAAGAAAUACGACCUAUCGGCAAUCUUUUAGACAUUAUCGACACUCUAAAUGACAAUGUACUCAUCGAUCACAGUGAAAAAAUCUGGAAUUGUCUUCAAAACUGUUCUAAACAAAAAGAUUCAAAAGUUAUUGUAGAUUUUAUAUGUGAUAAUGCUGGUUUUGAAUUAUUUACCGAUCUAUUGUUGGCUCAAUAUCUAAUUGAUAAUGGUAUGGCUGAUAUAGUGCGUUUUAAUAUUAAGUCUAUACCCUGGUACGUAUCGGAUACCACUGAACAAGAUGUCCAAGGCACGUUAGAAUAUUUGAAAGAAUUUAAGUCAAUGGAAUUGAAUCGUUUGGGUAAUGUUUGGUCGCAAUUCUUUGAAGAUGGUAGAUUUGUGCUGGCGAAGAGGGAGGAUUUUUGGACAUCACCCUAUGAGUUUUAUAGAAUGGCCGACAUUAAUCCUGCUCUCUACAAAACUCUAGAACAAUCCUCGUUGCUAAUCUUUAAAGGUGAUUUAAACUAUCGCAAGCUGUUGGGCGAUUUCAAUUGGGAUUUUUGUGAAAAAUUUGAAACAUGCCUCAGAGGAUUUCGACCCACACAACUUUGUACCCUGCGCACAGUUAAAGGGGAUCUUAUAUGUGAUCUCAAGCCCGGUCAAGCAGAAGAAUUGAGCAAACAAAAUAAAGACUGGAUGUUUACGGGAGAAUAUGGUUUGAUACAGUGGAUCGGCAAGGAGGACAAACAAUAGAGCCUAGCCAGUUUGAUCCUUAAAACACAAAAACAAAAGUUCAAAAACAUAGUAAAAUAAAUGUUGUUGUUUUCAAAUAAAUGUAUAUUUCUAAAUUGUUGUUGUUACAUAUUUGUAAGUUUUUUUUUUGUUUUUUUUACUUGGAUAUUUUUCUUUUCUUUUUUUCUUCUACUACAAUUUGUUAACUUUCUAAAACAAUAUUAUUUUUUUAUUCAUUUGUUUCUUGUUCUUUUUUUUAUUAUUAUUAUUUAUCAUUUUUUAUAGUUUAAUCUAUUAUUUUGUUUAAAAAUAUAUUUAUGUAUGUUUGUAAGUAUGUAUAUGGAUAAUUUACAUAAUUGCUAUUUUUUUAUUUAUUUAUUAUAAUGUUAUGAACUGUUUUUUUAAUGUAAUGCUUAAAUAAAUAUGUGCGAUUUAUGACAAAAAAAA